CUGACCCGGUAGUGACGCAGAAAUGGCGUCGUCCGCUGCCCGGCUCACUGCACGCUGGUUAGCGGCAUCUGGCUCUUCUGGACGUCGUAGCGGCUGUUUUCUUACUGUUCCUCCAAGAUAUGGAGGAGGUAGUCAGGCGGUGGUCCCGCAGACACAUCGUGGAGGGACAGCGGCCACCCUAAGCUCCUGGUCUCGCGGAAAUGUCGUGACAUUGAGCGGACUGACAGGGGUAAAAAGCACCACCUGCCGCUUCUUCCACUCCAGCAGCAGUCUAGCAAACAAGCAGGACUUCUAUGAAGUCUUGGGUGUCUCUCGCACUGCCUCACAAAAGGACAUCAAGAAGGCUUACUAUCAGUUGGCAAAGAAGUACCACCCAGACACCAACCCAGAUGACCCAGAGGCCAAAGAGAAGUUCGCCAAGCUGGCUGAAGCCUAUGAGGUGCUGAGUGACGAGGUGAAGAGGAAGCAGUACGACACGUAUGGAGCAGCAGGCUUUGACCCGACCCGAGCUGGGACUGGUCAGGAGCAGUACUACAGGGCUGGGGGGAGCAAUAUCGACCCCGAGGAGCUGUUCAGGAAGAUUUUUGGAGAGUUUUCAGGAGGCAUGGGCUUUGGAAACAUCCACAACAUGUUUGACCAAAGGCCAGAGUUUGUGAUGGAGCUUACUUUUACCGAGGCGGCAAAAGGAGCAAACAAGGAGCUGAGCGUGAACAUCGAUGACAGCUGUCCAAGGUGUGAUGGGAGGGGCAACGAGCCGGGCACCAAGGUGUCUCGGUGUCAAUACUGCAACGGUACAGGCAUGGAAUCGAUCAACACGGGUCCUUUUAUGAUGCGCACCACGUGUCGGCGCUGUGGUGGGAAAGGAUCGAUUAUAAACACACCCUGCGCUCUGUGCAGAGGGUCAGGCCAAACCAAGAAGAGGCAGACGGUCAACGUGCCUGUACCUGCUGGAGUGGAAAAUGGUCAGACUGUACGCAUGUCAGUAGGGUCAAAAGAAAUCCUCAUUACAUUCAGGGUCCAGAGGAGCCCAGUGUUCAGACGUAACGGAGCAGACAUCCACUCUGAUGUGUUCAUCUCCAUAGCCCAGGCCAUCCUGGGAGGAACAGCCACGGCACAGGGCCUCCAUGAAACCAUCAGUAUGGUGAUUCCCCAGGGUUGCCAGGCUGAUCAGGUGAUCCGGCUGCAGGGGAAAGGCAUCAGGAGGAUGAACAGUUACAGCUACGGAGAUCAUUAUGUCCACAUGAAGAUCAGGGUGCCGAAGAAGUUAACUCGAAGGCAGCGCUCUCUGUUGCAGAGUUAUGCAGAGGAGGAGACGGAUGUUCAGGGGACUGUCAACGGCGUCACCCCUUCAGCAGGAGGGGGCAGCAGCACUUCAAGCUCCGGUGCAAAAUCGACCAGCUCAGAGGAGGGACAGGACAAGCAGCAGCAGCAGAAGGAGGAGGAGGGAGGCUUCUUUUCCAAACUAAAGAAAAUGUUUAGCUGACACUCGGACCACAGGUGAAAAAUGAACACGGUAAAGAAGGAAAAAAAAGUCCACCGACCGGCCUCCAUGCUGUGUCCUGCUGCUUGGGAAGUUGAGCACGGUGGAGGAAGACGGAAGCAGAGUGGUGUUUGUGUUGACACAAUCACACAUUGUUGAAGCUGCGGUUGGCAAACGGGCCACAUAGACGACAGGUCCACCCACAUACACCGACUCAUCACCACAGACAGGUGCUGGACUGAGACACUCAAGAUAUGCCUGAAAAGAGAGGAGAUGGCGACCAACGCGCACUGAUGCGGUACAACUGUCCUCCCUGCUCACUGAGGCGGUGCUGCACUGACACUCGCUGUCUGUCAAAACUAAAACCACAUGAGAUGAGCUUUUAAAUUGGUAGGCAAAAAAAUGCAAAGUUAGCGCGGUAAAGCAGGCAAUAAAUUGGAGAUAGCGUUUUGAAUUUGAAAUAAAAUAUAGUGUAACAGUCUAAUUGUUUAAUCUGAGACUUUUUAUGUGCAACACUGUUUCUUUAAUACGGUCCUAAACACAUAACAGAUGUAUAACUGUUAAUUCUUGAGAAAGUUUUCUUGUAAUUUGGUAAUAAUUAUAUUAAAAAGGCAUUUUUCAGUUGAUAAAUCUCUAAUUAGUACAUUACAAUGAUUAGAGAUGAGGUCAGCUCACCGUGCAGAAACUACAUUCACUUCAACACAUGUAGAGAAUGAAGCUGCUCAUACAAUACAUUAAUUUUUACUCGGGUUUAAAUGGAUCCAAAUUGACCUUUGUUUUCCCCUACAAAAUUAGCAGUCCUUUCAGGCAUGGGAUAUGGAGCACUGCUGCUUGUUCAGUGUGUUAAAGUGAAGGCCUUCUGACACUUAAACAUGCAUCUGAGACAUCAGUACUGCGAUUUUGUGUCAGCAUAACCGUUAAUGACGCUACAUGCAGUUCAAAUUUGUGCUGUGUAACAUGGAAAAUGUACUAGUUCCAGCCUAGUAACAUAUUAACUUUGCCGCUGUGACCUUUCCAGUAAAGUAAGCAGGGUGCUCAUCCAGACAUGGAGCCGACACGUUCAGUAGUCAUCAGAUUUAACACAUCCUUGUCUGUAAGGAGAUAAAGAAAAGCAAUACCACAAGCUUUAUUUCUCCAGUAUACCAUUUAAAAUGCGCUGGUUUAUGAAAUUUGCAGCAUGCUCUGAAAAUCAAGAAUUAAUGUGUCUUUUGCAUGCGUUUUGUCUCCGAACUUUGCCUCUAUUUGGUUAGUAAUUCUUGCCAAAUUACACAUUUCUUACAAGUCCUGCAAAUCAACGUGCUGCCUUUUCCCCCUCAUACUGUCCGUGGCUCUUCAUAGAUGAGGAUUACACUAAAUAUAUUCUGGUCAGAAGGAAGUAUAUUCCACCGCUUAGCAAGAAAUGAACACGAGUGGAAAAUGGGAAGCCUGAUCUACAAUAUCUGUUCUGGUUAGUUGUACCUGUACGUGGCAACAAAACUGUGCAAAAACGUAUUUAAAUAAAGCUUGAGGUAAUGAA